CCGUUUCAUUCAUUCAGUCGCAGUCGCCCGUGCGGCUAGACGUCAGAAAAGCGCGCGCUAAAACAGUUUUUCAAAAAUAAACAUUAGAAUUGAUAUUUAAAAAAAAAGCGGAACGUUGGUCCUGAUUACGAGCGACAGACAGUACUUAGAUGACAAUCAAGCUGUAAAAAAUAAUUAAAAAUCCGGCUUAAAGCAAACGAAAUACGCAACAAACGUAUUGUUUUUAUUUUUUUGUAAAUAAAUAAAACAAUAUUAUCAAAUCGUCGAUUCGAAUCUAAUUUAAAAAUAAAUUCAUUUACGUCAUCAUUAACUAAAUGAUACAGAUAAUAAAUAUUCACUAGUGAUUGGGGUUCAUCAAAACGGUUUUUUUUUUAUAUCGACUAGUGUAAUAGUAGUAAUUAUUCGGAAUUCAAAAUGAGUAUCGAUUCGACAUCGUCGUUGAAACGUUUCAAUUUAGAACGCGCGACGAACUUUAUGCGGCAGUUCCGGGACCCGGAUUCGCGGGAGCUAAAGAAACUGUCGGCCAACCAGUUCAUGGAGGUUUGGAGCCAUUACGAUAAAGACGGUAAUGGAUACAUUGAAGGAACAGAGCUCGACGGUUUCCUCAAAGAGUUCGUCUCCAGCGCCAACUUCGUGGACAUCAGCCCUGACGCGGUGUCUGAUGAAAUGCUGGUGGAGCUAAAGGCAUGCUUCAUGGAGGCUUACGAUGACAAUCAAGACGGAAAAAUUGAUAUCCGAGAAUUGGCGCAGUUGCUACCGAUGGAGGAGAAUUUUCUACUGCUAUUUAGGUUUGAUAAUCCACUCGAAUCCAGUGUCGAAUUCAUGAAGAUUUGGCGGGAAUAUGACACCGACGGUAGCGGCUAUAUCGAGGCCGAUGAACUCAAGAAUUUUCUACGUGACUUAUUAAAAGAAGCGAAGAAAAUCAACGACGUCUCUGAAGAUAAGCUGAUUGAGUACACCGAUACAAUGUUACAGGUAUUCGACUCAAACAAAGACGGCAGACUACAACUAUCUGAAAUGGCAAAAUUACUUCCAGUUAAAGAGAACUUCCUUUGCAGACAGGUGUUCAAGGAGGGCAUCGAGGGCGCAACCAAGCUAACGAAAGAUGACAUAGAGAGAGUGUUCUCUUUAUACGAUCGGGAUAACAACGGCUCAAUAGAGAAUGAAGAACUACGAGGAUUCCUGAAAGAUCUUUUAGAAUUAGUCAAAAAGGAUUACGACGCGCAAGACCUUUUGGAAUUCGAGGAAACCAUCCUCCAAGGUGUCGAAUACAGCAGCGAAGGGAAGAUCAGCAGAAAGCAGCUGACCAUGAUCCUACUGGCUCUCGCGAAGCACAACCAGGAAGAAGAGGUCGUCACGCCGUAAACAAACAUGAAAACUGUCACCACUCCGUCCCGUAUGCUUACCGGCUAAAUUUCGAAUUUGUAACAAGCCAAUUGUAGAAAUACCCAAAGGUUAACCGAGAAAGCUUUAAAGCCGCAGAGGUACUUUAAGCUUCUUUUAAAACACGUUAAAUCAAAACUAAUUUCAUGAAUUAACUAUGCGUUUAUUAUUGUCGUUAUAUUAUAGCAUUUCCUUCGGUGUUCGCGAGCUGCAGAAUUUAAAGUGUUUUUUCGAUUUAUUCUCUUGUUUAUUAUGGCUGUGGUCUGGUUGAAGACAGAUUUAACGCUCUCGAUAGCAUAAACGUUAAGAGUUAACUUUUACGUUAUCGAGAACGUUAAAAAACUCGCAAUUAGCGCACUGAACAUAACCUUUUUCUAUUUUACGAUGCCGGUAUCUCUCCAACAAACUAAUGAUUCUUGAAUGGCGAAAACUCGGGAUUUUUUUUGUAUAAAAAAAAAACACUUCGAUGUUGUCUGUCAUCUCAAGUUGUGUUGUCUUGAAAAACGUAAACGAUUUUAUUUUUUUAUCGCCUACACGGGUGGACGAGCUCACAGCUCACCUGCUGUUAAGUGGUUACUGGUGCCCAUAGACAUCUACAAUGUAAAUGCGCCACCCACCUUGAGAUAUGAGUUCAAACGUCUCAAGUAUAGUUACGCCAAAUAAACGCCAUUGGGUAUUCCUUCAAUUUCUUCGACUUAAACUGCUUUCCCCUUAUUGAAUCUUAUAUGACGUGACCCGAGAUCAUGGUCGUUAUGAUGACAAAACGAAUUUCAGGACGAUUUUUUUUUUAAUAGGGAAUCAUCUAGAGCAGUUUUCGUGCGGUACAACCAGCGGAAAUGUCAUAAGUGUUGUGAUUUUAAGCGAUUUUGUUUUUCGGUAUUGUAAUCCGAGUGUUAAGACGAAGAUUUAAAAUUAACAAUAUUUUUAAUACAUUUAAAAACGUAGCCCCUAUUUGUUGUGACAAUCAUUUCGUUCUAAAAAUAAAGUUAAAUAUUUAACGACACGAGUUUUGAACAUGCAAUUAACAAUUCUAUUUAUUAUAUUGUGAUCUUAAAACGCGAUCAGUAAUGACGUAUAUAUAAUCAUUAAUUAUUUAUAACUAAUUGUAGUUGCUUGUAACACUACAAAGUUAAUGUUGUUUUGGAUAACGUAAGCGACUGUGUGUAUGCACUGUGUAUUUUAUUUGCAAGCAGUAAGACAAAAUUUAAUGGAGGUAGUCUGAAAACGAAGCAAUUUAGUAAGUUUUCAAUAUGGAGGGUAGACCUAAAAAGCACCAUCCUGUAUAGGGGACAAGUUGAAAAAGUGUUCACCUAUAAACAGUAAGUUAUUUUUGGUAAACUCACCGAAAUAGCGCUAGCUAGUGUAGCAAGUGUGAGGAAAUUAUAUGAAUAAAACAGUUUUAAGCAGAGUGAAGUGUGCUGGGUUGAAGUGAAGUGUGGUAGUAUAAAUAAGGCGCUGUUUUUAAAAAUCUCUCCACUUGCUACUGUGGCGCCAUCUUGAUUGGCUCCGUUUCAGCGGACACUUUUUAAUACACUAAAAUGGUGCUUCUUAUUUCUAGCCUCUAUAGUUUUCAAAUCCCGCAUUCACAAAUCUCAUAAUUUUGAAGUGAAACUUUUUAGAUGUAGAGUAGCUUUUUCAGCAUUUUUGUUUGUUGAAAUCCAUCUUUUUCCACCACAUUACGGGAGAUGUUCGUCGUCACUCUCUUGGCAAAAGGUAUCGUGACCGUCAUGGUUUUGGUGGCGAUUCUUACAACGCGAUGCGACUCUUUUCGGCUUUACGUCUGGUGCUUACGUGCAGAGGGCAAUCCAUUGCAGCUUUGCCCUGGUCAGUCCACCUUGCGGAAAGCCUUACUGCUCACUACCACCCCAGGACACAUGUCCCACAAACUAUCAGGAAACGAAACUACACCUUGCGCAACAUCUCACAGCCCGUUUAUUCAGCUGAUUAAGGUGUUUACCCAGAAUGACGAAGCAUGAUGACUUUCACGGGUGAGACGUAGUGGCUCUGAUAGUAAAUUCAAUAGGGGUCGUCGACAUGACGGUUCAUUCUAAAAUUUAAUGUGCUAAUGUAGCUGUGAAUUAUUAAAAACCGUUUAAUAUUUGUGUGAAAGUUAGUCGAGUUAGUUACUUUUAUGGUCGAAUCAAUCAACGUCGUACAUACUUCGGAUAUUGUAUUAUAAUUGAGAUUCCACCGCAUAAAUGACAUAAAUCGAUUUCAUGAAGACAUCCAUCCAUUUGAUUUUGUCGAACUGCUUGUAUUGUUAAAACUUUGUAUCUCGAUGUUAGUUAAUGUUAAUGUACCCGCAAUGCCAAAGAAAUUGCCAAAUAUAUAUAUUUUUUAAUAAACAAUAA